AUGAGACCUUCAACACGACUUGGAAGCCUUGUGCUUCGACGAGGCUUUGCCAGUUCAGCACGACGACUGGAUAACUAUGCCUUUGUCGGCCUGGGACAGAUGGGUUACCAAAUGGCCAAGAACCUACAAUCCAAGUUAAAGCCCUCGGACAAGGUGUCCAUCUUUGACAUCAAUCCCGAGUCCAUGAAGGGCCUUGAGACGGAGAUGAAGGCUGCCUCAACUGGUGCGGCGGUUGAGCUGGCUGCCAGCGCGUUUGAUGCCUCCAAAGAUGCUGACACCGUCAUCACUGUCCUCCCCGAACCUCAGCACGUCCAGGGUGUCUACAAGUCUAUAAUUACAGAUUCUCUGCCCAAGAAGGACCGUGUUUUCAUUGACUGCUCAACCAUUGACCCCUCGACUUCCCGUCAAGUUGCCAAGACGGUCUCCUCUGCUGGUCAAGGCACAUUUGUUGACGCCCCCAUGUCCGGCGGUGUCGUGGGAGCUACUGCCGGAACCCUCACCUUUAUGCUCGGUUCUCCCCCAUCUCUUGUCCCUCGAUUGGAGCCUGUCCUACUCCUCAUGGGCAAGAAGGUCCUCCACUGCGGUGAGCAGGGUGCCGGUCUCUCAGCCAAGCUCGCCAACAACUACCUCCUAGCCCUCAACAACAUCGCCACCGCCGAGGCCAUGAACCUGGGAAUGCAGUGGGGUCUGGACCCCAAGAAGCUGGCGGGCGUCAUCAACGUGAGCACGGGCAAGUGCUGGCCGAGCGAGGUCAACAACCCCGUGGCGGGCGUCGUCGAGACGGCCCCGGCAAACCGGGAUUACCGCGGUGGCUUCGGAAUCGGUCUCAUGAAGAAGGACCUCAGGCUAGCCAUUGUCGCGGCCGAGGAGGCGGGCGCGAGGAUGGAGCUGGCCAAGCCGGCGUUUGCGGUGUAUGAGGCUGCUGAGAAGGAAGAGAGGUGUCAGGGGCGAGACUUUUCGGUCGUUUACAGGUAUCUGGGCGGCAAGGAGGAAUAG